AUGCUCGUCCCUGUCAACGUAAACAUCCCUGGACCUUCUUCUCCCGCACAUCGCAAACUACCACCUCAGCUCGUCCAGUUUGGGUCGGACGAGCUCGUGCUCAUAGAAAUGCAAGGUUCACUAGAAGUGGAUGGAAACAAGGAUAGCCAACUUGUCGGGAAGCUGCGGCUCGACCCUGCUACGAAUAAGCCGACACUGCUGAUCGGCCACCAUUUGCUCGAGGGAAAGCUCGUGAACCUCGCGAAACCGCUCGCCGUGCUACAUCGAGCCGACGCGCCCGCGGACGCGCCGGGGGAGUCGAUGGCCGUAGAGGACUCUGAGCAGGGAUCGCAGCAGACAAGCGGCGCGCCGAAGAGCUGGGAUAUGGUCGCGAUCGUGAAACGGAAGAUGGUGUUCGCGAAGCGGCCGAUGCCUAUGGUGGGGAGGCCUGCGUCGGGUGCGCCGCUGUCGCGAAUAGGCAGCAAGGCGUAG